UUUAAACCAGAUUCGUCGCAAUUAACUUAGCUAACCUAAUUUACAAAUUAUACAAAAUAAAUUGUCUUCACUUUACGCCAAUGGAUCCCACUUCUGUUUUCUGCCUUUAGAUUUGAAUAACAAUUCCAUUAAACCGUGACGUUUUGGAUCAUAACCAUAUUCGUAUGUAUUACCGUCAGCCUGUAAAUUACGAAUUAGUCUUAAUAAUCAAAUUUUAUAACUAGGUACCAAAAACAAAAUGUAUUUAAUUAUAAUUGUUUGAUUUUUUUUUUUUUGUUUCAUCAAAAUUUGAACUUCAAACGUACAUAAAAUAUUUAAAGAGAUUACACAUAAUUUUUUUUUACCAUUAAGUACAAAUCAUAAUUAACCUUAUAUCAAAUUUUCUUACAUUAAUACAAAACUGUUCAUAUCAAAUUGAUAAAAUUAAAAAGCUGAACAAUUUCAAAUAAUUCAAUAAACAAGAUUUUUUGAAAUUAUACCACGUCUAGAAAGUGCUAAUAUAAGUAUACAGUGGAAAUUUCAGAUAUCUCUACCAUUAUUUUUUAUCAAAUUACAACAACUAAAACACAAUUAUCAAACAAUGUUAUUGUGUAAAUAUUUCCAUUUUUCCUCUUAUUAAUAAAAAGAGUAGAUAAGUAAAAGAAAAAUCAAGAAUGACACCAAACAAAUUUGUUACCAAAAACCACACCUGUAGCUAAUGAUAGUAGUAAAAUUUAAUUCAAAAAGUUGUUCACAGACAAAAAAAAGCACACAUUAAAGUAAAAUCAAUACAUUUCUUGAUACACUCAGAAUUAAAAGUGGGACCUAGUUUAAAAUAAAACAUUAUAAUUUAUUAGUAAGUUAAAAAUAUGAUAGAUAAACAAUAAAUGUUAUUCUUACUGUGAACCAAGCUUCUGUAAGAACUUCAACUUCUUCACCGGGUAUAUUAAGUUCUGGAGCAUCAACAAUAGGACAAUUAAAAUUACCCAUUAAAUCAUCUUUUUCAUUGGUGAAUCUUUACAAAAAAAAUAAUAAUAAAUUAUUAGAUAUUAGUAUUGAGACUUACAUAGAUAAAUGUUAAUUAUCUUUUUAUGUAAAUAAAUCAUUUCAAAUUAAAUAAAUAUUCAUCUUGGAUAAAAAUGUCACUUAUUUAAAUAAAUUAUUUAUAUGGGUAGAUGUAUACUGUGUUCAAUACUUUGCAUUAAUAGUGUAAAAUUUAAAAUUAAGUUAAAAGAUUAUAUUAUUUAUAAGUAAUAACUAAACUUUAUACCAAUCUAAGGCCAAAUUUAUGGGAAUUUCACUUAUUGUGUAAAGGAUUAUUGCGCUUAAACAACCCCAGUUAACAUGAAUUUUAUUCACAGUAUUUCAAACAUGUAUAAAAAAAAAUGUAUUUAUUUUACUAUAUUUUUAUAUGUAGUUAUAUUAGUUACUAGAUUUUGCUCAGAUCUAAAAAAAUUGUCUUAUAUAAGCUUAUUUAACUUUAUUAUAUUGACCUUAUUAUAUUAUAAUAUUUUAUAAGAUGUUUAACAUAACAUUUUAAAAUUUAACUGUUGUUUUUAAUUAAUUUAUCUGGCAUUAUCUAGAUAAAUUAUGAUCUUUUAUUUAUUAUUUAUAUUAUUCUAAUUCAGUUCAUUUUUUACUCAAUCUUUUUCUAGAUAAAUGCUAAUCGACAGGGAAUAGAAUGUAGUAUAGUAUCAUGUCAUUUUUUUUUUGUGUUUAUGGAAAUAAAAAUGUCAUUUUUCUCCAAAUCGAAACCCCCCUCAAAACUAAAUCAAUUGAAAAAAAUUUAAUAGCUAGAAAAAUCCAUUGAACACGGUGGGAUACACUGUAUUAUCAUAAAUUCAUGGCAAUUGGAAUAAUAAUUUUUAAAAUACCUAUAUAAAUCACUCACUUCAUUCGAACAUCAGCCCAGUAUUGUUCUCUAGUAUAAAACCAGUCUAAUUUCUUAGGGUCAUCAUCAUCAUAGUUAUCCAAAUCUAAACGUUCUAAAUCUUCUACAAUAACCUCAGCAUCCCCAUUUGUUGACCAAUCAUAAACUAAUACUUCAGACUUUUUACUGCAAAUAACAAACAUUUAUUGUAUUAAAUAUAAAAUUAAUUUGAUUGAAAUGACUAUAUUAUAAUAAACUUUUCACCUGAUAUCUCUCAAAAAUUUAUACUUAAAUUCAUGUUCCAUAGUUUCCAAAUAUGUAGUAUUCAUUGCUUUAGAGUUGACCUCAUGAGGUAAUUUUCUUUCCUUUACAAGAUCUAAUAUUCUGGGUACUGGUGCAUCCAAAUAGACUACCACGUGUGGAUGUAACAACUCUGGCAUUGCAUGUUUGUGUAACACAUAGUAUAUGUCACGUGCUGUUUUACUGACAUACUUACAUUUAUACAUUGCUUCUAAGAACGUAAAGUCACUGAAUGGACUACGCUCUAAAAUAACACCUUGACCAGUGUUUAACAAAUGUGCAAUAGCAUCUAUGUAUUGAGCAUAUCGCAAUUUGAAUUUGAUAAUCUGAAAAAAAGCAGCAUUAAAAUGUCCUGGGUCUUGAAGAAAAUUACGCUCAUCAAAACUACGACAAUUGACUGGCAAUUGAGGGUCCAGUUUACGCAUAUCAUAACCAUAGUCGUUUAAAUAAUAAAAAUCCAUUGUAACAUCUGGCAUAAAAUGCAUAUCCAAUAGUUCAGCAAGUUGUUUUCCAAUGGCAGUCUUACCUGUAAAAUACAAUAAUACACUUAAGAGACACACAAAGUGGCAACAUUUUUUAUCUCCAUCCGUAUUUUUGAGGUAGGCCACCUUGGUCUUAACUUAAUGUUUGAUUUGGUCUCCUACAUCAUUUACACACAUUCCCUAGCAGUCCUACUAUAACCCUCAACCAUGUAUAACUAUCCACUUAAUGAUCUUUCUCUUCCUCUCCUUACACCCAUUAAUUUGUAAAACUACUCUUACAGACUCUGACUUGUCUAUUCUCAUCACAAGUCUGAACCACUUCAAUCUAUUGUCUCUCACCUUAAUAACUAAUAAACUUAUUCCAUAGUCUAUAUUCUCUAGUGUUUCCAUUUCUCCAAGCAAAAUAUUUUUACACAUAAUUUUAUUUUACAAUUUUUUCCAUCAUUACUAUUACUACUUAUGUGUAUACCAUGCAAGAAAACUAUUGAGUCACUCUAACUCCUUUAAAUGUGCAUAGGAACACCUACCAAUUCCGACUGGUCCUUCGAGAACAAUCAACCUGGUAUUUUCAUCGAAACGGCUAGUGGUUUUGUCAAACAUACUACUGAGUAACGUAUAGUCUUUCUCUUUAUACGGGAAUGGGGCUGGCUUAGCCGGUUUUGGUCCCAGCGUAGCUUGAAAAGCCUUGCUGACGAUGCACCGCACGGAUGUGCGCAUAAAAGGCACGCGUAACAUGGUUCUCUGGAAGUUGUUCAAAGCCAUUUCAGACUCUUGUCCGGGCGCCAGACACGGAAAAUUAAUGGAAAAUAGUAGGUUAUACUUUACACUCGGAAAAUACCUAAUAUCAGUCGGAUACUCGAAUAACAUAUGAUUAGAUUAAAAUCUGGCGACCCUUAUCAUGGUAUACAGAGGUCGACGAAUACCAGUAAUACCGCGAAAUUCUGCCGAGAUACCGCAGUUAUCGCUCAACGAAUUCCCGUUGGGUUGGCAACGAGAAACGAAAAAAAAACACACUCCACGCCGUCAGCCGCCUUACUACCGCGUCCUUCGCAGUACUUCGCAGUUCGCCCACCGCCCAGUCACCGUAGCCUUAGCCUUAGCACCGUUACAGCGCUACCUGUCGGUUUUACGUAACGCACCAAAGCGCGGUCGCCGUACAUACCCAUGAUUGGCGGCGUGUUCGACGUGUGUUACAACUCUUAGUGUUCCGCGGUAUAAAAAUAAAAGUGCACACUCCGCGCGGGACAGUAUUGAGUGUUCGUUGACCGUACCGACAGCUUGCACGAUGCGCAUGGUUCCCAUCGACAACCGCCGCAGCCGAUACCAGAAGACAAACGUGACUGAACGUAACGACGACACCGUCGAAUCGCAUAAUAACCGCAACGACAAUAAUAAUCGCCGCCGCCCGCCAUCCAAAAAGUCCUAUUAUUCGAUAGCGGCCGUGAACGGGCGAAUACGACGACGAUAACAUGCCCCGAGGAAAACGCAGGCCUCACAAAGCCACUGGUAAGCGGAUAUACCUACUUUUCAAUUGUUUUCGUUUUUGUUCCAAUCUUGAAAACGUCAACUUGGAAAGUUCUCGGGUUUCCACCACCCUCCCUCCCACCAUAGGGUCGGAAACUGCGUUGGCCAUGUGUCGUCAUAUACCGGUGUAUUUUCCAUCGUUUUCUGAUAACUACUUAUGAUUCUGCGACGUAAGAAAUAGGUACCUACGCAUUGUAAUUAUUAUGUUAUUUCGUUGAAAGAAACGUACAUAUGGUUUUUUUUUCCGCCGAAUAUAAACGACUCGUGCACGGCGACCCUGAACCGAGGGUCGCCACGUUUUACAUUUUCCCGGGCCCGCGUGUACAUUAAAAUAAAUAAUAGUUAUUAUAAUAACAAUUAUUACACUAUUACGACAUUACGUACCGACGUUGUGCAACCCCUCUCCCCCUCCCUCCAACCUAGGAGCACACAACGCUCUGAAUCUCUAAUAAUCCGUUAUCACUUUCGUACGAUCGUUCCGAAUUUGUUCAAUGUCAUGUCACUUUUCUUUUUGUUUUUCAUUAUUUACCCGCGAGAAACCAACGAUUGCGUCACGUGGCCUCACUGUCCCGCGUUUACCACGUACCCAUACGAUUCUUCGUAGCCGUCCACCCACGCACGAUAAACGAUAACAAUUAAUGGACUGCGCAUGCGCUGGCUCUCGGUUCAACUCGUACUUUACGAUGUCGAACACAUGGCUCGCUGGACAUGCCUUUUUUUUUUUUUUUAACUGAAAAUAGAUUCAAAUAUCAUUAAAAACAAUUUUCAAAAAAUUUCGAGUUGUUUAACGACUUAGAAACUUUCAAAGAUGUAAAUUGUAUCUUGUUACCAAUAUCCUCCAGUCGUGUUGAAGGUUAUUAAAUUACAUUGUGAGUGAAAUUUCCGAGUUCGUAUUUUUAACCGAUUUGAGAUGGAAAAUCUGUGUAGCCAGAGAUGUAAGAGUAGUGGAACCCGGAGGAUUAAGACAGAUAGAGGAAUUUAUUGUUAGAGGCCGUUACCCUAAAGAAAAAGAACCGUUGUUUUUAAUGAGUACCUAUAUGGAAAAACUUACACAAUACUAUUAUUGGGCCAGAGGUUUUCACCUAUUUAUAAGCCGAUUAAUCAACAUGUAUCAAUUAUCUAAAAAAUGUUCGUGUUGUAACUAGAGACCGGAUUUACAUGCACUUAAUAUCCACAAAAAGCACUUGAAUAAUUCAAAAAUGCCUUGGACAAAAUAUUUAAAAAGCAAAAUGUGGAAAAUAUUUCUACUUAACGUUUUUCAAUAUUUUGACAAUUUUUUUUACCUCAAGAGUCAGUCUUCAACUGAUUAUGUUAUCUAUGAAAACAUAUUUAUACGUUUCAAUUGAAUUGUUUUAUUGUUAAACACCUCAAACCUUCCUUUAUUAUUAUAUGCACCUCAGAUUCCCAAGCCUUGCUUGCUGCUCACCGACAAAACACAGAUAAUCUUUUGUCAAUAAAAUCAAAAUUCCAUUCCAAUGUACCUACUGUGCCUAAACUAGAAAUAAACAUUAAAUAAUGACAUAACUUAUCAGUCAUCACAUUCAGUACCUACCUAUUUAUAUUACAUUUUUGAGAUUGAUUUGUAGUCUUAGUCACACAAUAUCAAAAAAACAGCAAUUUAAUCUUGGGUCGUAUUUCUAUGUAAUAUGAUUUCAAAAUUUAAUAUUUAUCCUUUUACUUCCUACUUACAAUGAUAGUUCUAACACGAUAUUCUAUGGUUCUAAAAAAACAAAAACAAAAAUGCUAAUUAUCAUUUUUUAGACAGAAUAAAUAGAUAAUGCCUAUCAAAUUAGUUUUCAGAAUUUGUGUUGCAUUAUGAAACCAAUCACAUUGAUGUAUGUUGGAAAUAAAAUACAAUUAAAUCAUCACUUUCUUUCUCCAAAUUCUAUCCUUUCUACCAUUGUGGCUACCUAAUUUAAAAUUAGUUCAACUGUCUUUGAAAAAAAUUUAUGAACCAUUUCCUAUUGGCUUGAUUGUUUAAAUCUAAAUCCCACUAAAAUAUAACCAAUAAAUAUCAUUUUUUUCAACAAUAUGAUAAGUAAACAAUGUGUGCUGCAGAUUUUAUUCGCUACACAUAAAUCAUUAAUAAUUUACUUUGUUUGUUUAACUGAUUUUGAAUUGAGGUAGGUUUCAGAUUUCAUUAAAUUAUUUUGGACUAGAAAAUAAUAAGUAAAUCAAGAUUAUUUACAAAUUUGAAUUGAUAAAACAAACUUAGAAUUAUUCAUUUAAUAAAUUAUUUAGGUCAGAUUUCAACCACCAGAAUGACUUCAUUAGUCUACAAAACAUUUUAAAUAAUAACAAAUACUUAUGUUGGUAAAUACAUUAUGUUUGAUCUACUAUGAUUGGAUUAAUCAAUAAAUGAGACCAUACUAUAAAUAAUUAAUGGCAAAUUAAUGUUAUUAUUUAUUCGCCUGUUAAUGGUAUUAAUAAUAAUCUUUCACGUAUUAUUUUUCGAAUUGACCUCUGAUUUAAUAUUAAUUAGGUAGGUAGGUAGAAAGGUUGGUCAUAAUUUUAAUAGAUUUUUAAUAGGUAUUUUAAUCUAAUUAUUUCUAAUAUUUAGAUAAUACUAAGAAAUAAAUACUUAAAAUUUUUGUUUAUAUUUACAACCUUGUAUAAAUUUAAUUACCUAUUAUUUAUAUCAAUACUUAUAAUUAUGAUUAAUAAUCAUUGGUGUUUAAUAAAGAUCUAAUGCAUAUAAUAUUGUCAAGUGCGUGGUUAAUUUUGAAAUAAAUACAAUUUUAAACUUAAGUGACAUUAUUUUUAUUAACUUAUUUCUCUUUUUGGUGCGUACCUACCAUUAUCUAUAAAUAAACAUGUAGUCAUUAUACACACGUGUGUUUUUACAGUAUAUAGUAGGUGAGUAACUUAUACAAUACAGAGCGAUUCGUCAACUAUGAAUCAGUGAUUAUUUGAGACAAAGAAUUAUAUUUUUUUUAUACAUAAUAUUAAAGAAUAUUAUUAUCAAAAUAUGCCAAUGCGUUAAUUUAUGCAAAGUUCUGUACAUAUAUUACAAUUUUUGACAAAUUCUCUCUACAUUUCUGUAAAAAUUUAAAACCAUCAAAAAAAUUAUUUUCGAAAAAUUGUAUAGGUAUAAUAAAAUUAUUCAAAUUAAUUUACUUUCAAUGAAUAUUAAAGUUUGUAGACUGAAAAAAUGCAAAACUUCUAACUGAUAUAUUUUGAGUAUAUGUAUGAUAUCAAUAUACAUUUUAGUGUCUUUUGGUAAUUUAGGGACAGUUUUAAGUGUCUAGUAUAACGUAGGUUAUAAGUAAUAUAAAACUGUUAUUUAAAUCUUCACAAAUGAGCUCUUUUUCAUAAUAAAUGAAUAACCUUGUAUUUGGUCAUGUAAAAAUAACAGGUACCUAAGUAGGUACUUAUUAUUUUAUUAACACCCAAUAAAAUUAUGUUUAUAGAUAUUAAUUCUAUGGAAAACUUAAUAAUAAUAUAAGCACUUAAAAGGAAAUUAUUAUUCACCUAAAUUAAAAUUAAAUAAUUUAGACUUGUUUAGUUAAUUAUACCUACCUAACUAAAAUUUGUUGCCAAUCUAACAACUCAUGGUUAAAUAAUUUAAAUACGUAGUUGUUUUGAAUAGUGAAAGUAAUUCUAUUGGGUUACAAAUUAGACCAAUGACAUAAUUUCAAUGUUUCAGAGUGCCUAUGAAAUUUAAACACAAAAAUGUCUUUUGAUCAAAUAUUUGUAUAAAUACAGAUAUAAAUGUACAUAAUAUAAUGAUGUACUAUUUAUUAUUACCUACAUUGUGACGUAAGUAAUAGAUAUAUGCAUAUACAUUUAAAACUGUCAAAUAAGGUGAAUUCGAAUAACAUUUUGUUUAAAUUUUGAACAAAAUAAAGAAUUGGUGCUUUGUUUUAUAUCUGUUGAUAUUUUUUUUUUAAGGAACACUCAAAAAAGAUUUAUAUGAAUGCAUUUUAACUACAUUAUAGUUUAGGAAUCUGUCACAGACAAUAGGUACUAUACAAGGUCAUUUUUUUUUUUUUUUCUAAAUGUUAAGCACAGGUUUUUUCAAGCAAGAUUGUAUUAAAACUCUUAGUAGGUAACAAAAAAUGAUAUUAUGAUCUAUAUCUAUAGGUAUUUUAAGUGUAGGUACACUGUGUUCAUCUUAGAAUUCUUUUUGAUGGAUUAUCAUUGUGUUUUAAUGUAAACCAAUAAUAGAACAUAACUUAUGCCAAAGUGAACAACACUGGACAAUCAUAAUAUUCUCAUAAGCACAUAAGCUUUUUACACAGUAUGUAAACCUAAAACUGAUUAAUAUUAUUAUAUUAAUUUGUUAUUGUUGUAUCAUACUAAUUCCAUACUUUAAUUGUGGUUAAUCCUACAAAAAAAAAAUACAUUUAUAUAUAUAUAUAUGUAUUCUAAUUUUAAAUUUUUAUUUUUUUUAGAUGUACUAGCUGGCAAAACACGUGAUUUAGAUUUAUCAGAUGAUGAUUCAUAUAAUGAUAAUGCAAGUGUUAUCAGUAAUAUAUCUUGUAGUACAUCAAAUGAAGACCGAUCAUGUAUGUAUAUUAAUUUAUACAAACACAAAUAAUUAAACUACAAUAAUUUUAAUUAAUUGUAGGUGUUGCUACUGAAGAUACUGAUGAGUCUCAAAAUGAUGCAUUUGAAGAAAAACUUAGUGAUGCAAUUGAUGGUUUGUCACAAAAGUCUGCACAAGGGCGUACAUUGAGUUUUGAAGCAAUAUGUAACAUAUUUUGUAAAAAAUAUAUACCAGAUUAUAUUUUAAAUAGGUACAUUAAAAAAAAUUAUUAGAUUUUAUAAAAAAAAAAAUCCAUGACUUAACUUAUAUAUUAAUACAGGCGUAUGACAAUUGCCGAUGCCAUUGAACGCGCACUUAAAAAGGGUGGUGAUAAUGAAAAAGCUGCAGCAGCAAAUUUAGCUAGUUUAUUAUGUAUACAACUUGGUGCAAUUGAUAUUACAGAAGAUUCAUAUCAAGAAUUAUUAUCUACAUUAAUGUUUGUUGUUAAUGACGAAUCUGUUCCUUUAUUGGCCCGGGAAAAAGUAACUAAUAAUAUUCAUACUAACCUAAAUGUUUCAUCUCUUUAAAAUCAACCUUCGUCAAUUAAUUUUCAUGAAGAUAUUAUAUUUACAUUCCGGUGUCUAUUUUAUAUAUGUAUAGUGUUGCUUGGCCAUAGCAUUGCUUACUUUUAUUAGUUGCAAUGAAGAAAUUGAUGCAGCUAUGCAAUUGAUGCGUAAUUUAUGGAGACGUUUAUUACAUUCAUCCACUAUAACUUCAUCAGUAGCAGCUUUAUACUCAUCAGCUUUAUCUUCUUGGUCUUUGCUAUUUUCAACUAUAUCAAUAAGAAACUCAACUAUUAUUCCGUAAGAUAUCAAAAAUACCUUCUAAUUUCAAUAUAAAAUACUAAUUUAAAAAAUCUACUUGUAAUUUGUUGCAGUACCUUAACUGAAUUAAGUACUCUCUUAGACUCAACACAUUUAGAAGUAAGAAUGGUCACUGGCGAACUAAUUACAGUUUUAUUAGAAAUGACACGUGAUUGUGAAGAUAUGGAUGAAUAUGAACCAGAUGAAGAAUUCAUUAAUAAAUUACGCGAACUAGCAACAGAUUCACAAAAAUAUAGAGCUAAAAAAGAUCGAAAAACCCAAAGAUCGAAUUUUAGACAAAUUCUUCAUUAUGUCGAGGUAAAACAAAAAAAUUGUGUUAAUUUAAAAUUCAAAUUCAUAUUUUAAGAGUUUUAUUUUAAUUUAUAGCUCGACGAACCUCCCAAUAUUCAAAUACGUUUUGGACAAGAAAUAUUAACAAUGAACACUUGGACAAAAAAAAAACAGUAUGAUGUUCUUUGUCAAGCAUUGGGAUCUGGAAUGAAUAUGCACAUGACAGAAAAUGAUCUUGUUCGGGAUAUAUUAAAUCUUGGUCCUAAGUUAUGUCAAACAAAACUUUUAAGUAAUAAACAGUCAAAACUUGAAAGGGUAAGUUAAACAACUUAAAAACUGAUCAUGAAAUGUUUAUUUUCUUUUUUUUUUUUUUUAGCAACAAAUUAAUGCUGCUAACUUCAAAGAACGCACAAAAACUAGAGGAAAAGUACGGGAUAAGCGAUUAGCUUUUAUUGAUUAGCAAAUACUAUAAAUUAUAAUUAACAUUAAUAUAAUAAAAACCACUUGAGCAUGCUUGUGAUAAAUACUGUUGUUAAUUUUUUUUUAUUAUUAUUAAUUUCAGUACAUGUUUGUGUGUUGUGAGAAUAUAUAUAUAGAAUAAUUUCGGGUUUAAUUUAAUUUUUUUAUUGAUUAAUGUCAAUAAUUAGAAAUUUUAACUUACUUGGCGGGACUUACAAAUGUUAUUAGUAAUAUUUUUGCUGCAUUAAAAAAUAAGCAAAUUCUUACAAUUUUGUUUUUAUCUAAUAUUGUCAUAACAAUUUUGGUGCCUGUUGUACUAUUAAAUACAAUAUGUAACUUUUAACUGCCAUUUAUCAUGUUAUAUUGAGACUGAAAAAUAUAUAAGUAAUUGUAUCAAAAUAAUAAAAUUAAAGAAAAAAUCCCCUUGGUGAUUUUCUUUCUUUUCAUUUUUUUUAUAUGUAUUAACAAGACUUAUUUUUUUCUGGUAUUCAAUAAUGCAUUAAAAUUGUAUGGUUGUUUUUAAAUCAGAAUUUAAAUUUUUGGUUACAUAUUAUCAGAUUUUUGCAAGUAUCUAAACAAAUAAGAUUAUGUAAUAUUAUCUAGUUAAAUAAUUGAAUAUAAUAUGCAUCUAUUAUUUCUAUGUGUAUAAAGUAGUGUAUGUACUAUGUAUUUCCUAUGAUGUAAAAAUUGAAAUAUUUUUCUUUAAAUACAUUUUUAAAGAAUAAUUAUGUGUAUUUUUUACAACUUCCUUAAAUGAGGUCAUAUUUUAUUAUGCAACUUUUAGAAAGUAAUAUGAGUGAUGUG